UCCGUUUACAACUAGUAAUACAAAACAAUUCAUCAGUAAUUUGUUGCACCGACCUGACCCUCUUUCUCUUAUAAAUUACUAGUAGCAGUAUAGCAGCAUGGAUUAUUCUUCUUCUGCUCUCAGAUUGGCUUACUCCCGCGCGCUGCUAUCUUCUGUUUCUUUCCGGAAUCGAUCAUGUCUCUUGCUAAUAUUGCUGUAGGGUUCCGAUUUAACCCUACAGAGGCUGAACUUGCUUGCCAUUAUCUUUACAACAAAGUCAUGGGUCUUCCUCUAUCUUGCCCUUACAUUGUUCAAGAUUAUGAUCUAUAUGGUCAUGAGGAGCCUUGGCAGAUAUGGGAAAAUUUUGGAGAAUACAAUAAUACUACUAGUGAUGAUGAGGAUGAUGAUGAAGUUGAGGCUGGUCCGUCUCCUCAGGAUGAUCUUUUCUUUUUCACAAAUUUGAGAAAGAUAAACCCUGGCAUGAAAUCCUCCAAAUUUGAUCGUGGUGUUGGGUCCAAUGGGGGCCGUUGGCAUGGUGACGAUGUUCAUUCAUUCCAUUCCAAAGGAAUUACUUGGAAUCGAAGGAGAUAUUGUUACAAGAAUCCCAAUAUAGGCACUCCUGAUGCUUCCUGGAUUAUGUUGGAGUAUUCCCUCGAUGAUUCUCUUAUGCAGAAUGUUCCUCAUUAUACUGUGCUCUGUCGAAUUCGGAAAAAGAGUAACAAGAAUUGCAGUAGAAAGAGGAAAUCAAGCCAAUCUAGCUCUCAGCCUGAGCCUAAACGCCAGUCGAAGAAAUUGAACUCGAAAUUGAGGACACCUCCGAUUAAAGAAAAGAAACUGUUCAUGUGACAGCACACCCACCUCACGUUCACGUUCCUGUGCCUUCGUGUGAAUAUCUCUGAUCAAGGCUAUAAAUUGAUAUGGUUCUCAAUUCUUGAAAAAAAUGUUAUGCAUU